AUGGUUCCCUCAACGGGAUCACUUUCUCUUGUUGAUCUUCUCACCUCUCAAUUCCCUCAGAUCAAUCCCUACAGACAACUUGUGGAUCCUGCUCUCACGAUGAAUCUGCAAAUGCUAUUGAUGCAAGCCUAUCAACAGACAGUAAAAGUCAACAUCCCAUCCUCACAAAGCCCACCAGAAGAGUCGAUUAAGAAGGAGAUUGAAACUGAGAAAGCGCCUUCCUUUUCAAUUGACACACUACUCGAUUUGAAAUCCGAAUCGCAAACGACUGAAGAUGAGAAACCGUCCUCAUCCUCUUGCUCCUCUCAUUCGCCGAGUUCAGCCACCUCCGAUGUUGUCGCUUAUACGCUUGAUGCACUCGAGACAGCCGACGGGCGGACGAAGCGAAAAAAGCCGAUUGUUUCGGUGAAAGACGAGAAGAAUGGGCGUUGUGUUUGUGAGCAUUGCGGCAAGAGUUACGCUACAUCAAGCAACUUGAGUCGUCACAAGCAAACGCAUCGCCCGUUGGACAGUCCAUUCGCUAAACAGUGCCCACACUGUGAUCGAGUCUAUGUGAGCAUGCCAGCGUUGAGCAUGCACAUUCUCACUCACAAAGCCUCACAUUCGUGCGACGUUUGCGGGAAGGUCUUCUCUCGAUUGUGGCUUUUACAAGGUCAUAUGCGCUCUCACACCGGUCACAAGCCGUUCGGCUGUGCGCAUUGUGGGAAAGCGUUCGCCGAUCGAAGCAAUCUCCGAGCACAUAUCCUUACACAUACAGGAGACAAACGUUUCGCGUGUUCGACAUGCGGGAAACGGUUCGCUCUUCGGAGUUACCUAAAUCGACAUGUUGAGCAAUCAUGUGGAGCAAAGAAUCGUUCAUCACCUGGAGAGACAACAGAUGAUUGCAAUACUCGAUCCCACGACACACCCACUCCACCAAUGAUUCAAUCUAAUAGUGCUGAUCUAGCUUUACUUCUUGCUAAUCUUAACGGC